AGUCUCUUUGGCGGCGGCGCGCAAAAGACGGGGACGGGUCUUUUCGGCGGAGCAGCAAGCACUACAGCUUCAACUGGCGGCGGCCUGUUUGGAAACACCCAAGCAGCGACUACUGCGCCUACACCUGCGAUGACUGGAACUGGUCUCUUUGGCAACACUCCCGCAGCAACACAACAGGCCCCAGCAGGAGGUCUCUUGUCCGCGACGACCACAGCCACUUCACUAGGCACACCAACUCCUACGGGUCAGAAGCCAGCAGGAGGCGGUCUGUUUGGAAACACUGCUACUGCUCAGGCGGCACCCGCCACAGGCACAACAAGUCUCUUUGGCCAGAAGCCAGCGGGAGCAAGUCUCUUUGGAGGUGCUGCGCCUGCUCAGCAGACUACAACAGGACAAAACGCAAACCCAUUCGGGCAGUCGACGGCUCAGGUAUCAGCCGUCCAGAUCAACUACGACAACAUCCGCCAUCGAACACGCUUCGACGACCUGGCCAAGCCGGUACAAGAUGAGAUUGCGCUGCUGGACAAGGGCAUCCAGAGGGUGAUCAAGAUGCGGGACGAAAUUGGAGAGUUCAUGCCACAGCACGAGAAGGAUAUUGAACAGCUAGGCCGAGAUGUCAGCUUUGUCGAGUCCAAGUUCCGUAUCGUCGAUGCGGCCCUCAACAACGACGUCAACACCGUCAAGAAUCUGCAUGACCAGACACGGAAGAAUGCAGCCGAUGCCCGACUGUGCUUCCGCGGCGCCGACAACCUCAAGCUGCCAGCGCACUACCACCAGACGGGCUUGUUUGCCAGCCAGGCCCCAACGGCCAGCUCGAACGGAGGCGACGCCGCGUCAACGCACGCAGAUGCGCAGGAUCUCAUCACCUACUUCAACCGCAUCUGCGACGACAUAGAAAAGUCAAAGGCCCGCCUCGACGAGUACCGCGGCAGUAUCGAGCGUGAUAUGCCCGGCGUCGAGAACGGUCUGUACGAGCAGAUCCGCUCCCUACGCGAUCGUAGCACCACGAGCAUCGUGGUGCAGGACAAGCUAAACGAGGUGCUCCUGGCACUGCGGGAUACGGGUAAUGCCAUUAUUUACCAGGCUGGGCAGAUUGCCGACACGCGAGAGCGACUGUCCCGACUUCAAGCGGGUAUUGUGGACAGCGGAGUGUAUGGUCUGAGCAUCAAUGCCUAAGCGGACAGGAGAAGGAGGGAAUGUGGAUAGAGAUUGUUGGGAGGUAAUAUCAAUCAAUCAAUAUAUUGGGUAUCGUGAGAGCUCGGUUUCGAGAACAAGGGGGAUCGGUUAUAGAGGCCGCGUGUAUGGAUUGUAGCAAGAUUCUUGAAGGAGGCGUCUUUAUGACAUGUACGAAUAUACAAGACAAAAACUUGACAGGUUUUGAAAGACUGGGAGUAGGGUGAGCACAAAUUGGACAAUUUACCAUUGAAGAUC